UUUUUUUUUUUACCGGGAAAUUGCGGAAGGUGAAGUGCGCAUGUCUGUAAACAGUGCAAGCCGUUCAAGCGACGAUUGAUCUUCAGAGGCAUUUUAGUGAUUGACUUACUGCUCUUAAGAAACCCUCUCUGAUUUUUAGAAUUUUUCUGUUUCGAUAUAAGAAGAAAUCUGUAAAGGAAUGAACGAUUGGCGUCCGUUUAUUUAUGGAGGACUUGCAUCUGUUGCUGCUGAGAGUGGUACUUUUCCUAUCGAUACAACAAAAACCCGUCUUCAAGUCCAGGGACAAACUAUAGAUGUCCGUCUUAGAGAUAUCAAGUAUCGUGGUAUGAUACAUGCCCUAAGGCGCAUUUGUCUUGAAGAGGGUGUCAGGGCAUUAUACUCGGGGUUAGUCCCAGCGCUGUUGAGACAGUCAGCAUACGGAACUAUAAAAAUUGGCGUUUACUACUCUCUCAAAGGCCUCAUUGUUCCUAAUCCAGAAGAUGAAACUUUACCCAUCAGUGUGUUCUGUGGAGUUGUUGCCGGUGUUGUGGGAAGUGUCAUAUCAAACCCCACAGAUGUGCUCAAGGUGCGAAUGCAAGCUCAGAGAGAGAACGGCAGCAGAGAAACCAUUUCACAGGCAUUGGUCAAGAUUUAUAAAGAAGAAGGAGUUCCAGGCCUUUGGAGGGGAGUCAGUCCUACUGCACAGAGGGCGGCCACCGUAGCAGGGGUCAUCCUUCCUGCCUACGAUAUCAGUAAAGUGCAGCUCCUUCACAACCUACAACUUGAGGACUGCAUGACGACACAUUUCAUGGCAAGUUUCAUUGCUGGUUUGAUUGGAGCUGUGUUUUCAACCCCAAUCGAUGUUGUCAAGACAAGAAUGAUGAACCAAAAAAGAUACAAGCCAUCAGUUCUGAAAUCUGGUAUUAAGACUUCCCCAAUUUACAAAUCUUCAUUGGACUGCCUAAUUCAGACUGUCAAAACAGAGGGACCAUGUGCAUUAUACAAAGGGUUUUGUCCAACUUGGGUUCGACUUGGCCCGUGGAAUGUCAUCUUCUUCAUGAUGUAUGAGCAACUUAAGAAGGUGUACUGACCGGAACAACUGUGAUACUCAUCCACAUCCACUGCUGAUCUCCACAUUGUCGACAGAGACACAUUGUUGGUGACUGAUUAGCAGCACAGUGUGUCUAGGACUGACCUGCCAUAAUGCUAGAGGUGGAAUCCUCUAAAUGACUGUGAUCUGAAUUGCCAAGAGACCCACGGGAGCUGGACUUGCCAAAUCCAAACUAUUUUGGAACAUCGUUUUCCUGGCACCCACAGUAGAUGAUCUACUGAUGCUCAAACUUGCAUUAUAUCAAUGUAUUAUGUGGUUUGGACUAUGUCAUGGGAUUGUUUAAAGACGUUUUAUUCCAGGAUUAUAAAGUCUUUAAUUUUUCCUUGCAAAGAGCACAUUAUUUUACUCAAGAGACUUGUAAUUUUAUCUUGUGUAUAGAUAUUGUAUGUACAUACAAAGUUGUACUUGGUCAAUUGCUGUAGUUUGCUUACGUUUAUACAAUUACCAUUGAACUUUGUUGUGCUUUCCUAACCAUAUGUACAGUAUAUUGUUUCUACCAGAAAUGUCUCCUUGUUAUAUUUAAAUUCAUACAUUUUUAUUAUUUUUUUACCUUGCAAGUAUUACACAGGGCACCUUUUCAGUUUUUGUAUCCAACUUAAUGAAGUACAUGUACAAGAAGUAUGUGAUAAAAGUGUCUAGAUUUGUAAAAUGACUGGGUAUUUUAAUAAACAGGGUGACCUGAGAA